AUGUCUCAGCAGGAACCGCCGCUUCGAGCGGACCAGGAACGUGUUGGAGCAUCGGUCGUCUUUAGUUCGCCGCAGCACCUCCAGCGGCCGCGUCGAUCCAAAGAGGCGUCCGCGAUUAACUUCUUGCAUGGGGAUUGGCGCGUGGAGACGGAUGGGAAGGGCGUGGGGGAGAGAGGGGGGGAGCUCGGGCGUGCAGUGAUGGGGGAGCUGGGCUGUGCGGGGGAAGGGGGGAUGACACGCGCUGCGGGUGGGGAGUGGGGGGGUGAGGGGCUGGCGCGAGUGGAAGGGGAUGGGGCGGGGUUUGUGGUGUAUGAAGAGGAUGUGAGGGGCUGGGAUGGGGAGGGCCCUUAUGGUGUUGGGGAGAACGUUGCGGCUAUGGGAGAAGGGGAGAAAGGCGAGGUGGAGGGAGAAGGGGAGGGAGGGGAGGAAGAGGAGGAUGAUUGGAUAAAGGAGAUAAGGGCUGCGUGGAGUGAGAGAAAGAGGCACGGAGGGAGCAAGGGGCGUGGCGAAGAGGACGAGUAA